AUGAGCGACGACGAAGUUCCGUUGAAAUCUGAUAUUCAAAACGCCUUUCGAAAGUUGCGUGCCAUUCCGGCGAACAAAGUUUGUUUCGACUGUGGUGCUCGGAAUCCAUCAUGGGCAUCAAUAACUUACGGUGUUUUUAUAUGUAUUGAUUGUUCAUCAGUUCAUCGUAAUCUUGGAGUACAUAUCACAUUCGUUCGUUCAACUACGCUUGACACCAAUUGGACGUGGCUACAAAUACGUGCUAUGCAAAUUCAGUUUUUCAAACAACACGGUUGUAAUACAACAGAUGCACAGCAGAAGUACAAAAGUCGAGCAGCUACUUUGUAUAAGGAUAAAUUAGCAAAUUUGGCAGCACAAGCGCAUAAGCGCUAUGGAACAGACAUGAUGAUGGAGGGUAGUGGUUUGAUUUGUGGUGAACCCUCAGCUGAUGAGCAGUCAUCUGAACAACACGAUUUCUUCUCACAAGAAUUCGUUGCGCAUCAUAGUAAUUCAUCGUCCUCGAUAACACAGGAUGCAUUCAUUAAUGAACCACAGACUGAUAUGAAAGGUCCAAGUGUAGAGGGUCUUCCAGUGGGGAGUCCACCGAAAUCACAAAAAAGUCUCGAUAUAAAAUCAACAAUAAUUGGUAAAAAGCCAGUGGUGAAAAAAGCAACGCUUGGUGCAAAAAAAGGUCUAGGAGCACACCGUGUGAAAACGACAAACUUUGCAGAAGUGGAACAGAAAGCUGCUCAAUAUGAUAAAGAACGUGAAGCAUUAAGUAAUCUUUCAAUUCGGGAUUCGAAAAGUGACGAUUCAACUAGUUCAAGUCAACAGCAAAAGUUAUCUUCAAGACUUAUGAUGCAAGAUAUUGAGAAACAGAAGCAAACUACGGAGGCAAAACUGAAAGCAAGCAGCGAUCCGGGUAAAGCGGAAAUGCUUGAUCGAUUAGGUAUUGGUAUGACUGGUUUUGGUGCUAAAGGUGGCGUGAGUCACUCAGUUGCAAGUGGCAUUAUAACAAUUCAGCAGGACGGCGUUUCAAAAGGAUCAUCAAACGCCACCUCGAGCGCUAUAUCGUCUUAUAAGGGCAGGGAUGAUGAAUGGGAACUCAUUGACGAUUCAUCAAAGUUGAUUAAUUUGUGUAGUGAGGUGAGAAGUGAUCCGAGUUCGUAUAGUAUCGCCGAUGCUGUGUUUUCGUCGAAAUCUUUUUCUAACGACAACAGCUCGAACGAAACGAAAAAGGACGAGUUCUUUGAUGCUUGGGACGUACAACCCACUCCAGCGACUGCAAGUAGAAAAGCGUUCGUUUUCGUCGAUGAUUUUAUCACUUUUCAUCUCAUGUAUUCCUUACAAGAAAACAAUGAGCCAGUUUAUAGCACAAAAGCAAUAAUGAUAAGCUUUGCUUUUAGUGUACGUUCAUCGGCAAGAGUCGUAGCACAUUCUGAACCAGUAUCUGACGAAGAAGCGUUGAAGAAAUUUGCGAACGCAAAGGCGAUUUCAUCAGAUCAGUUCUUCGGUCCGCCGCAAUUGGAUUAUGAGACACAAACAAAGUUAAAUCAGUUCGGGAAUUCGACUGGAAUCGGAAGCGCAGAUUUGUUCGGAAAUGCAAAUGAGUCACAUUCAACGACAAGCGCUUAUUCAAGUUAUAGCAGUCAGAUGCCCGAAAUGUCUGACAUUAAGGAUAGUAUGCGACUGGGUGUCACCAAAGUGGCUGGCAAAUUAUCAUCAUUGGGCAGUUCGGUUUCUUCGUAUCUAUCGGUUGGUGAUUCUUUCAUUAAAUAUUGUCAUUAA